CACGAGAAAGGGGUGUGUUUGUUGGCGUUAAAUUAUCUAGUGUAAGAAUUUAGCAACGGAUCGGAUUUUUUUUUGACGGAAUAUCGCUACUAAGUUAGUUACGGGUGUAGUGUUGUUUUGAUUUUGUGUUUUUUAUCGAACGAAAACCGGUGAAGAUCUGCAGUUGCGGACAUGACUUGUUUUAGACUUUUUAUCGGUCGUGGGAUACUUUUUUCUGCGGUAGAUUUUUUAAGGACUUGUUGCUGAAAGAUAGUUUUGAACAUGUCUUGGGAGUCUCUCAACUCACAUCAUGAGUACAUAAGUAACUUCAACGUUGGACACCAACUUUCAGCUACAAGACUUCUCUCUUCCCCCGACGGUUCCCGCCAUCCCCUCGACGGCUUGGAACAAGUAUGGCCUUGGACCAAUUCCUACUCUAGCCUUCACCGAGACACCUAUUCCGAAGUGAGAACCCCACGUCCACCCAGGUUCACAUGGAGCUGUUUUCAGGCGUGUAGGGCUAGGAUACAUCAUAGUUUCGCUAAACGAAAGGUCGAUCAAGGACUUAGAUUAUAUAAUCAGCAUAAACAACAGCAAGCAGUUAGGAAAUGGAAGUCAGCACUUAAAGCCAUCCAAAAAAGAGAAGACAAGUUUAGUUUGUUGGGGUAUCUCUACCUCGCGUAUAUGGAUUGGGGAAAAUACAGGGACGCAUUAGAAUACGCACAUAGACAACUCUUUAUAUCCGAAGAAUUAGAUAGCGCCAAUAUGCGAGCAGAAUCCUACUUGAACUUAGCCAAAGCACAUCAAAGAUUAGGAGGAUUGGAGAGAGCUUUGGCUUAUGCUAGACAUUCGCUCUAUAAUGAAUGCGAACAGCACGCCACAGCAGGUCAUGUCCAUCUUACAGUAGGAUCCGUCUAUCUCGAAUUGGCCGGGUUUAAUAAAGCACUCGAUAGUUUUCAACAUGCACAUAGGAUCGCCCAAGCUGUCCACGAUGCUGCUUUAGAAUUACAAGUGUACGUAGGACUUUCAGAACUGUUCAGCAGGCUUCAAGAUGCUGACAAAAGCGCCAGAUACGCCUCCAAAGCUUACGAUCUUUCCCGGUCCCUUCAAUUGGGAGAUUUAAAUUCAAGACACCACAGAGCUGCUCUUCUUCAGAUGGCUUCAGCGUUAAGAAAACAAGGAGAAUUGGGAGAUGCGCAUGAUUAUUGUUCGGAAGCAACACGAUUGGCAUUAGUUUCUGGAGACCAAGCCACUUACGCCCGAAGUAUACGAAUUAUGGGGGACAUUUAUAGAAAAAAGUCUGAUAUUAAUAAAGCCUUUCGUCAAUACGAAACAGCAAUGGGCUCUGCAGCUGCAAUGGGAGAUCGAGUGAUACAGAUGGAAUCAAUGGAUGGCGCAGCGAGGUGUUUAGAAGCAUUAAGGCUUCAGCACAAGAUAUGCAACUGUAGACCCUUAGAAUUUAAUACUAGGUUACUUGAAGUAGCUAGUUCAGUUGGUGCUAAGCUUCUAGUGAGAAAAGUGCGGAUUCGAUUGUCUCGGAUCUACCACGCUUUAGGAGAUGAAGACCAAAAGCUACACCACGAAAGACUUGCUCUCCGAAUUCAAGAGGAUUUAGACUUGCAAUGUGGUGGAUGUGGAUCACCUUAUGGCCUUGAAAGUGACUCUCUCGAAGCCCUGCCUUGUGCUCAUAUCCUUCACGCAAGAUGUGCCUAUGAAUUAUUUAAAAGAAACAAAAAGAAGAAACGGUCGUGUCCUGACUGCGACCGCACCAGUUCUAGACUGUACCUAAACUGUAACGAUUACAACAAUAUGACGUACAGUCCGAUACCUCUGUCGGUGUGUUCGUCCGACAGUCACUGUACAUCGCACCAAGCCAUUAGUUCGGUCUAAUGUUAGGUAGAAAUAAUUCUAGUGUUUAAGAAAAGUUUGUCUUUCAAAUUAAGAAAAACGGGAAUAAUAACUAAGAUGAUCUUUAAGGGAAAUUAUAACUACUGUAGAAUUAAAUAUAAUGCAGCUCUAGUAACAUUCAAAAAGCAGUACUGCUCAAGCUAUCCGAUGGAUAAGAAAUGUGGCAGAUAUCAUGACACAUAGAGCUCGAUAACAUGGAAAGAGUCACCGAAGCAAUCCUUUUGAUACCCUAUAUAUCUCCUCAUCAUCGAUGGUGCUCCAGCCCUAUAGAAGAGCCUCGACAUUCUCAAGUUUAUUGCGCCAGUCAGUUCUAUCCAUUGCCAACUGUUGCCAAUUUGCUGCGCCUAUUUUUCCACCAUCCUCAUCUACACCAUCCUUCCAUCUGAGUUUUGGCCUACCCUUAUUUCUACUUCCCACAGGUUGUGACAUAAGGAUUCUUUUAGGAGGGUUGUUCUGCUGUGAUCUGGCUAAAUGUCCUGCCCAUCUUAAUCUGCCUAUUUUUAUAAGAAAUACUACAUCUUUACCACCAAAAUAUAUGUUUUUAUAAACUAAGUUUUCAAUCCAAUGGCAUAUAAAACAACAUAAUGUUAUUCUACAUCCCAUCAGACUGAAAACAAUGGAAACCUUCUCUGGUUACACCUCCGAGGCUUCUACAAUUUGCAAGCCAUAACGGAUGCUGAGACUAAGGAAGAUAAGGGAAUUUUACAAUUUAUAAUUCACGUCCCAUCUGCUCAGCGCAGUAAAGUUCCAACGAGAAUGGUUCCCUUCGUACUCCAUGAUUGGAAUAGAAUAUGAUACGGCUGUAUUUUCGUUUUGCUACGAAAUUGAAAAUGGUUAUUCAUUUUUGAUUUAUAUGUUUUUAUCUGUGGUAUAUCCCGUAGUUGUACCUCCUCCUCAAAAAACCAUUUUCACAGAUGACACCGAAUAUUCCUCUCGGGAUUCUUCGUGCAAAUAUAAGCAGAAAGUUUUCAUCUGCCUUGGAAAUGGACCAUGUGUCCCAUCCAUAUGUCGAUCCAUAUGUUGUAUAAGGGUUUUGUAUAUGGUUAUUUUGGUUUUUUGACUUAAGUUUCUGAUGCUCAUGUAUCUGGUCAGUCCAAAAUAGCAUUUGUUUGCUAGGAUUAUCCUUGGCUUGAUUUCUUCCGUCAUGACGUUCUCCUUGGUGAUCAGGGAGCUUAGUAUGUGCAUUUGUCUACCACUUCAAAGGUAGAGUUAUCAACCGUUAAUUGGUGAUCGAUGUUUCUGGCUCUAUUGUUGGGCCAUCUUAGUUUUCUCCUCAUUUACUUGCAGGCUCAUAUUUUUUGAGGCAUUUGAGAAGGUGGUAUACAUUUCUUCUAGCUUGCGUGUUAUGUGGGCAACUAGAUCCACAUCAUCUGCAUAUGCCAAAACUUGGGAUGAUUUAUUAAAAAUAUUUCCUCUGUUGUCUAUUCGGGCAUCUCUGAUAGAUAUUCCAGAGCUAUGUUUUUAAAAGGAGACACGUCAGCACAUAUCCCUGUCGCAGCGCCCAACAAACACCUGUGAUUGUUCGCCCUGUAUUUCGACUUUGCAAAAAUCUUUACGCAUUGUAGCCUUAACCAAUCUUAUCAGUUUAUCGGGGAUGUGAAAUUCAUCCAUGGCUCCAUACAAAUAGGACACUCUCAUAGACCGAUUUAAAAUCUACGAAAAGAUGGUGUGUGUGUCGAUAUUGAAUUGAUUGGUUUUUCCAGUAUUUGCCUUAGCACAAAGAUCUGGACUGUUGUUGAUCGAUCAGGACUAAAACCACUUUGAUAUUCGCCAAGAAGCUCCUCUGAAUAUGCACUUAUUCGACCAUAUAAGAUUAUCGAAAAUAUUUUGUAAGCUGUAUUAAGGAGGGUUAUUCCCCUAUUGGUUCUAUCUUAUAACAGUAUAUCGUGCUUCUGAAGCUAUGUGUUCCAGGUACAGUCUUUGGUCAUCAAACGUCUUUUGAUAGUCAAGUUUAUAUCUGCUUCGUUUUCAUGAGAGCAUAUAUUAAUGAGUUGCAUUACGUUCUGUAAAAUGUUGUUGCUAUCCGUCAUUCUUACUGUAUCGUCUGCAAAACCUAAUUUAUUCACACUAUUCACACUUAGAACACUUCUGUAAAUACCUACUGCUUCAGUGUAAACAUAAAAGAGUACCGGGGAAGGGAAUGCAAGCAACCCUGGAGCACUCCUCCCGGUUUUUUAUACCUCGGGUGUUAUGGUAAUCAACUAUUACCUUAGCCUUACUAGAUAAUUGCCAGUUAAACCACUUUAACUUGAAACCCAAUGGUAUAUGAUUAACAGUGGCAAUUUUGACAAAUGGCGUUUGAAUGCUAUAUACAUAUUGUAACCAGUUAUAGUUUCCCUUGACGAUAUUUUAUAAUAAAUAUAUAUGUAAAGAGUAUAUUUAAAAAACAAAAAAGUAACCAUACGAAACUUGAAACACAAAACGAUGAUAUCGUUACUUUUUUCUAUAAAUAAAAAAUCAAAUAAAUAAAAUGUAGAGUUUAAUACCUGUAUACUUUAAAAUCGACAUUUGCAUUUUUGCUCACUUUUGACUUCCAAUAAGAGUACUUCCACUUCUUGUUUAUAGUGUUAUAUUGUAUAAUAGUGAUAAUAUCGAACAAAUAGAUAUCUACUAGAGUUUUUUUAUGUUUUUAUGCGAAUAGUUUAUAAAUUUUAUAGUUUUUAAAGAUGUAUAAAAAGUAUAUGUGUUAUGUUUUUAGUACACUGGCGAGAAUGAAAAAUUGAGGUCAUUUUAAAUUUAUAUUUAAAAAAAAUGCUUCAAGAUUGUGUUUUUUCUUCUUUUUUAGGAACGACGGACUCGUAUAUCGUUUUAACACAAAAAAGUCCUGUUUGUAUGUGUAGGGUUCUAUCCUAACAGUUUUUUUCUUUUUCUAUCAACACCUUCAUUAUCAUCAAUUGGCGCUACAGCUCUUCGUGAGCCUUGGUCUGAAAACAUUCUUCCAUCCUUCCUUGUCGAGGGUCGGUCUUAUCCAUCCCCUUACUCUAAUAUGCCUUAAAUCUUCCUGAACAUCAUUUAGAUCAGCGGUUCUCAACCUUUUUGAGUGAUGUACCACCUAGUGAUGUAACGAAUGUCAGUUUUUGAACAUUCGCGAAUACGAGUGCGAAUGCAAAUAUCUGCUACUGACAUUCGCGAAUGCGGAUGCGAAUGCGAAUAUUCAGUUUUUUUUAAUUUGCUUCUAUUUUUGUGAUGUUUUCUAAAUUUAUAAUGAUAAGUUAAUUGAUACUUAAGGGGAAAGGCGCAAUAUGUCGCCUGUCAAUAUUUUCAAUGUAACUUUUCACCUAUUAAAAUGAACAAUAUAGAAGUUUUUAGGGAUUUUCUGCCCUCAGUAAUAAUGUAAUCUUUCAUUUUACGUUUAAAUUUUUCAAAAAUAUUUAAAGCUUUGCUCAGGAUUCUAAAAAAUGAAUACCUACAUUUAAAACACAUUGAACAUUUUGACAGGCGACAUUUUGCGCUUAUGCCCUUAAGGUAAAUCAAUCUGAAUCUUAAGCUUUAUUACAUAAUACCAAAUAAUAAAAUAACGUGAAGGCUGAUAAUGUGAUUAAACGAGGUUAAGUUACCUUUUCUUAAUAAAAAAAAGAUGAGAAGUUAAUAGAUUGAUUUUGAUUUUAUUAACCUAAUAUUAUCUUCAAAUUAUUAUUUUUCUGAUAUUCAUAUUCGCAAAACAUUCGCACAAAUUUCUCGAAUUCGAAUGCGAAUGCGAAUACGAAUAUUCGUUACAUCACUAGUACCACCUACAGUUAUUUUUAUUAUUUUUGAUACCACCUAUAUUUUUAAAUUAUAUUAUCAAUACUUACUAAGUACUACUAUUUUAAUUUUCUCCACCGUGUGUUGUUUUCCACCGUGAUUCCACCAUGUUUUCCACCGUGUUUUGUGUACCACCGCCAAUAAUUAUAUGUACCACCAGUGGUACAUGUACCACAGAUUGAGAACCUCUGAUUUAGACAGUUUCGUUGUCUUUGGCUUCGGUUGCCGCAAUUUCGUGAGUUGUAUUAAAGUCUCUGGAUCAUUUUCGAAAACUCGAAAUUUUACGAAAACCUCCAAAAAAAUAAAGGAAGGAUACAAAUUUGGGAAUAAGUAGUUGAAAUUGUCUAUUAUUAUAUAAGAAAAAGUUUGCAAUUCUACAUCCCCUCCAAUUUACAAAAAUUGGAAAUACGGGGUGAAAAAUAUUUUCUCGGGGGUGAAAAAAUAUACUUUGAAAAUAAGUUCGGAAUUGGAUAAAAUGACUAAUUCUAAGCAACUUUUGUUCUAUAGAGUUUUUUCACUAAGUUAAUACUUUUCGAGUUAUUUGCGAGUGAAUAUGUUCAUAGAAAAAUAUGUUUUUGGACGGUUUUUCGCAGAUAACUCAAAAAGUAAGUAUUUUAGAGAAAACAAGAAUGUGUGUGUACUUUGUACGCACGUAAGAAGUUAUACUUCUACUACAUAUUAUGUGAUUUUUAAGACUAUACCAAAAAUUAAAAAAAAAUAAAAGAAUAAAACGCACACAAACACAUUGAAAAAUGCCACAAAGAAAAAAUGAUUUCUGGACGAUAAUAAUUGUUGGCAAAAAUUUUAAAUACGCAUUUGCUGAAAAAAAAAAUUAUAUAACAAAUAUACUUACAAUCAUAAUAUGCAUAAAAAAAUAAAAAAAUAAAACUUGCAUUGGGAAUUGAACCCUUGAAUUUCGUGCCGCUUUGACUCGUAAUCGAAGCGUAGACUCACUCGUCCAAUCGCACAUUAUUUAUCAUGUGGAAAAAUACGGUAACUGAACGUUUUACUGUUUGACAAUUGUUUUGAAAAUUAUGUAGUUUAAAUUUUGUGGAAGAAAAUAUAAAAAUAUAACAAAACAGUAAGAAAACAAUAUAUUAGAUGAAGGUUGGUAGAACUUUUGUUGGUAAUCAAAUUAAGUAUGUAAAUCAAAGCAUUACAUACCUACUAGAUAAAUAAAUCUACGCCGAAAAAUCAUAAUUUAAAAAUAAAAAUCGAACCUAAUUUGGGAUUUCUCUCUAAAAUCCGCAUUCUUGAGAAAAUAAAUGUAUGUAUUUCAACCUAAUCCAAAUGUAUAAUUACAAUAUGAUUAUAAUAAAAACUAGGUACUUACCAAAUUAGAAUGAGUUUUUCUGGUCAAAAAUAGUCCAAAAGUCCAAAAAUAUAGGUAUAUGAAAACUAUUUAAAAAGGCAGUAUAACUAUUAAUUAACUUUUGUUUGUUUUUUCUUUUCACACAAAUUUUAAAACGCAACAACCAUAAAUAAUCUAACUACAGCUGUGCCACAGCCACCAUAUUGAAUAAUUUUUGACAUGUCAUUUGAACAUCCAAUCAGAACAAAGUUAUAAUGCGCAUGCGCCCGGUCGCUAGGUUUUCCCAUAUAAAAAUUUACCCUCUAUCGCCGGUAAAGAAGUAUAACUUCAAAAAUAUUCUUAGCAAAAAUAUAGCUUAUAAAAAAUUGAAAAAAAUGGUAUAUGGAUGAGGUCUGCAGACGUAGAAAGCAACUACGUAGCAGAAACGUAGGUUCUUCUUCGUCAAAUUAAAAAUCGAAUAUUUCAAUGUGAAAUAACCCAAAAACGGAGCACUUUUCGGGGAAAAAUCAUUACAACUUUUUUAAAGCGUUUAAAAUAAGGUUUGUUUUACUUAAAAAAACUUCUAACAUUAAAAGUAAGUGAGUUACGCUCAAAAUAUUGUUGGUUCUUUUUAUUUUUUGGUAAAAAAAUCUCGAAAAGCACCCAAUAAUUAACUUCCCAAAUAUAAUUUAUGGAAUUAACUUACAAAAUUAGUAAUAUUAAAAACAUCAAAGAGUAAUAAAAUGUACAUUUUGCUUUUCUGAAUAUUUUUGAUUAUUUGUUUUCCUGUUAGACAAAAAUUGAUUAUGCUAUGGCUGUUCAAAAUUUGCCCAAGCUCGUGAUUAGUUACUCGUUCAAGCCAUUUUAACUACAGUUUUUUUUUAAAAUAAGCACUUUGAACCAAUGAAACUUACAGAUCAUAUAAAUAAUACAUAUGCAAAGUAACUUGUCAAGUGAUAAUGAUAAAAUUUAUUUGUGAUGCUAAUUAGGGAGUGAUUUUCGCCAUUUUUGUACUAAAAAAUAAAAGGGACCAACAAAUGUUUGAGUGUAACUUACUUACUUUUAAUAUUAAAAGUUAAAAAAACAAAAAUGAACCUUUUUUAACUCUUUAAAAAAGUUAAAAUGAAUUUUCCCCGAGAAGUGCUCCAUUUUUGGGUUAUUUCACAUUGAAAUAUUCAAUUUGGAAUUUGACGAAGAAGAACCUACUUUGCAUUAGCUACAACUCUGCUUCUUCUGGGUCUACAGACCUCAUGCAUACACCAUUUUUUUCCAUUUUUUAUAAGCUAUAUUUUUGCUAAGAAUAUUUUUUUCGAUAAAAUACUUACUUUUUGAGUUACCUCCGAAAAACCAUCCAAAAACAUUUUUUUUUUUUGUUAAAAAUGAACAUAUUCACUCGCAAAUAUCUCGAAAAGUAUUGACUUAGUGAAAAAACUCUAUAGAGCAAAAGUUGUUUAUAAUUAGUCAUUUUAUCCAAUUCCGGUCUUAUGUUGAAUGUAUAUUUUUCACCUUCGAGGGGGGGGUAUUUGCCUCCAUUUUUGUAAAAUGGAGGGGGUGUAGAAUUGUAAACUUUUUCUUAUAUAAUAAUAGACCAUUUCAACUACCUAUUCCCAAAUUUGCAUCCUUCCUUUAUUUUUUUUGCGGUCAGAUUGUUCUUUGAUCGGGCUAUAUGAGCAUGGUUUAUUUUUGUUUUGUGGCAAGCACAAAUUUUUACCACCCCAAAAUCGAUAAGGUAGACCUCUUUCAAGGUGUGGGAUUCAAUUUGAUGUUCUACACAUAUGUGGUACACCCCUCUCUGUUUUAAAAUUCGCCAUAUUGAAGGUGAAAACCAUAAUCAUCCACGCUGCGCUCCCUAGAUGUAUUAAAGGAUGUUUUACGGAAAGUGUGAGGGAUUUUGUUUUUAGGUACGGCAUAGGAAAUAUUAACGUGCCUUCCUCUCAGUAAAGGGAUUUAAAAGAAAGGAAUGGCUCGUAUGGACAAGGCUGCAUCCCUGAAGUAGACCUAUCCUCUAUCAGGAUCGUAAGGCAAUAUCUAACCUCCAUCUGCUAAUAAGAAUAACAAAGAAGAAUAAAUACACUUGACUGUUAAUAUAUAAGAAGACCAGUGUUUCUCUCUAUGUGAUGUUUUUUCCUAGAAAAAAGAUUGAUAAGCUUUCCAUACUUGAUUUUGAGAUAUAUCAUCGCAAGCUUUUUCAAAGUCGACCAAUAAUAUCUCAAUAUCCAUCUUAUUGUUUCUCAAUUAUCAAUAGACAGUCAUAUGGUUCAUUCCACCAACAUAGGACUGUUUUGGAUUAUCGCGACAACGAAUACAGUGUGCAACAUAAGAAGUACGAAAGUAAAUAGCUCUAAUAAUUAUUCCAAUAUACAGCAAUGUAAUUUGCAAUUUAUUUUCGUUCUUCAUAUUUUGCACAAUAAAAUAUUCGUUGUCGAAAUAAUCCAACACAGUCGUAUAUUAGUGGAAUAUGGUAUACAUACUUUUUUCACUGCUGUAAAAUUGACCUGUUAUUCGUCUUCUACAUCGGCACAGUAUAUAGAGGUUCCCAGAACCUAUUUUACUUCAAAUCAGGCCCGAGGCACUACAUAAUUUUCGGGCCCCUAAAUAUAAUUUAAUAAUAAUAUUAAGUAAGUUAAUUAGUUAAUAUUGAUAUCAAAUUUUUUAAUUGUUCUAAGACCUUCUUCUUCUUCUGAACGUGCCCUAUCAAGUCCUCUUGACGUUGGCGAUUAACAUGGCGAAACUGUCUCUGUCUCGAGCUAUUCUAAAUAUUUGUUCUGCUUUCUUUAUUCCUGUCCACUCCAGGAUAUUCUUCAACCAAGAGGCCUGCUUUCUACCAAUUCCUCUGCGUCCUUCGAUUUUACCCAUCAUAAUAAGUUGAAGAAUAUUAUACCGUUCUCCCCUUCUACGUGUUCAAAAUAGGCCAUCUUUCUAUAUUUGAUGUUAUCAAGUAGCUCGCGGGCAGCAUUUGCUUUCUUAAGGACUGCCACACUUGUCAGAGUAGCCGUCCAUGGUAUUUUCAGUGUACGUCUGUGCAGCCACAUUUCAAAGGCCUCCAAAAGAUUAAUGGUCGAUAUUUUUAAUGUCCAUGCUUCGACAACAUACAAGAGGACUGACCAAUUGUAACAUUUAAUCAUGCGCUUUCGAAGUUUAAGUUGCAAGUUAUCAUUACAGAAGAAUGACCUCAUUUUUAAAACUGUCGUGCGGGCUAUCUCGAUUCUACAUUUUAUCUCUUUAUCUGGAUCUAGUUGUUCAGUAAUAUGGCAACCAAGAUAUUUAAAACUGGGUACUCUUUGAAUUAUAUGACCAUUGACCAUCAACAUAUAACUGUGAAUAUUGAUGGGCCAAACGCAUAAAUACCAUGUAUUUUGUUUUUGAACAGUUUAUGUUUAGGCCCAACUCUCUUCCCACUGUGUCAAUGGCAUUUAAAAGGUGUUGUAAUCUAUUCAUAUCAUCACUUAAAAUAACUGUAUCGUCUGCAUAUCUGAUUGUAUUUAUCAGAAUUCCAUUAACUUUCACACCCCAUUCCAAAAUAUGGAGCGCUUCCUUAACUAUUCUAUCUGAAUAUAAAUUGAAUAACAGUGGGGACAGUAUACAACCCUGUCUGACACCCCUUUGUAUUUUGCAUAUUUCUGUUGAUUUUCUUUUUAUGCAAGCUCUCGCUGUUUGACGCCAAUAUAAUUUUUCUAUGUUUCGUACAUCUUGACUAUCAACUCCUUAAUUCUUUAAUAUUUUAAUUAAUUUGUGAUGUUGUACUCGAUCAAAGGCCUUCUCAUAGUCAAUAAAUACAGAAAAUACGUCUUUCCUUUGAUCUCGGCAUUUCUGCAAUAAUACAUUUAGUGCAAAGAGUGCGACCCGGGUUCCCAGUCCAUUUCUGAAGCCAAAUUGUGUUUCAUCCUGGUCUUCAGAUUUAUCUCUGAUUCUACUGUGGAUGAUACGUAGAAAGAUUUUCAAAGUGUGGCUCAUGUGGUUCUAAGACCACAGUUGACAAAUUUGAAAAUUUAUCUUGUUUUAUUGCAAUAAAAAUGUUUUGAUGAUCUUUCCGGGUCCCAUUAAAAUGCGGGCCCGAGGCAGGUGCCUCACUGGCCUAGUGGUAAAAUAGGCCCUGGAGGUUCCCUCUUUAUACUGUGACAUCGCUGUAUCCAUAUCCAGUUUUUUUUUGUGAACUUAUCUUUGCUGCUGCUUGAUUUUAUACAGGAUGUAACAAAAACGUAGGUAUUAAAUUAAAUCACAUAUUCUGGGACCAAAAAUAGUUCUAUUGAACCUAACUUACCUUAGUAAAAAUAUGCACAUAAAAAAAGUUACAACCCUUUGAAAUUACAAAAUGGAAAUCGAUUUUUCCAAUAUAUCGAAAACUAUUCUAGAUUUUUUAUUGGAAAUGGACAUGUGGCAUUCUGAUGGCAGGAACAUCUUAAAAAAAUUAUAGUGAAAUUUAUGCAUCCAUAAAAAGUGCACCCAGUGAGGGUUUUGUUCCCUUAACUCCCCCCCCCCCUCCCCAAACCUUUGUGUACGUUCCAAGUCCAAGUAAAUUAUUAUUUUGGUACCAUUAGUUACACGCAAUGUUUUUAAAACUGCAUCUUAGCACUUUUUCGAUAAGCCAGUGUUUAUCGAGAUAUUUUGAAUGCUUAUCGAAACCACCACAUAUUUUUAUAUGGUUAAGUACGAUUAUAGAGACCUGUUAAUAAUCUGAAAAUGUAUUUAUAAUUUACAUUUUAGGUAGGUAUACAUAUUUGAAACAUAUUAAAAAAGAAGCCACAUCUCGAUAAAAACUAGCUUAUCGAAAAAAUACUAAGAGACCAAAAAAGCUUUAAAAAUAUUGUGUUUAACUAAUGGUACCACAAUAAUAAUUUAAUUGGAACGUACACAAAACUUUGGGGGGGUUUAAGGGAACAAAAAACCCAUAAAAUUUUUAUGAGGUGUACAAAUUUCACUGUUAUUUUUUUAAGAUGUUCCCACCAUCAGGAUGCCACAUGUCCAUUUUCAAUAAAAAAUCUCUAAUAGUUUUCGAUAUAUUGAAAAAAAUCAAUUUUCAUUUUGUAACUUCAAAGGGCUGUAACUUUUUUAUGUGCACAUUUGCACUAAGGUAAGUUAGGUUCAGUCGAACUAUAUUUGGUCCCAAAAUAUGUGAUUUAAUUGAUGAUGCAUUUUUGUUACAGUUACAACCUGUAUAUUAAUAUACAUUUGUAUUUAUUAGUAUUAAUUUAUUAUUUACUAUUAACCAUACCAUAUGUUUUGUAAGUGCCAAAGUACAGUUUGACAAAUUUCUCGUUGUUUCUGACAAGCGCAAACAAAGAAUACACUAGAAGCAAUAAAGAUGAACCGCUUAAUUCAAAUUGUGUCUGCUCUCACUACUCCUCUCUUUUACACUACAGAAAUUUGCCAAACUGUAAAUAUUACGACUUUUUAUAAUUAUAUUGAAGCUUGUUUUGUUUUACGUAGUACCUAACUAGUUAAUAGAUAGAGAACUUAAAAUACUAGAUGUCCUUAUUAACAGCACUGGUAAGACAAGCACACGAGUUCAAUUGAAAACAUGCUAUUAUGAAAUAUAUACAGAAUAGGUCACAAUAAACUAUUUAUCCGUACUUAAAAGUCAAACCUCCCAUGAGUCCAAUUUAUAAAGUUUUGAGAUAUCUUUGUCUCUCACAUAUUUAGUCUACCAGGAAUAAAACAUUUUAUUUGAAAUACUCAUAAGUUUUCUACUGUACUAUAGAACUAUUAGAAAAUGUCAGUAAAAGGUUAGUUUCUUUUAAAAUCAAAUAAAUCUAACGUCGGCCAAGGAAUCAAGGAAACGAAGCAGUUAAGAAUCGGGAAAUUACUGCCCGCUAUUUUUCAACUAUAAUACCUGGGGGAAGUCAAUAGAAAAGGCCUACUAUCUCGUGUGUAUUGAAAUUUUUACUGUGUCAGAUUUUUUUAAUUCAUUUCAGUAUUAAAACUUUCUUAAAACUAUGUACUUGCUCUUUAAAAUGAGAUUUUCUAAAUUAAUAGUUAUUUAACCAACAAGUGUAUUAAUAAGGGCGAUUAACAAUUGAGAUAUUUUAACGCGUGAGCGGUGCGAGCGCGUUAGUGCUCGAGAUUGUUAAUCGCCAUGCCAUUUUAAUUCACGAGUUCGUUACAAAACUUUUCCGUUGACCGUACUUUCCAGAAAUAAAGAUAUCUUUGUUUAAAUUUUUAUUUACUUAACGAUAAACAACAA